GUCUGCGCCCGUCAGCAGCAACAACUCCCCCUACUUUAAACUCGUUUAUGUGUAAUUGAUAUCGAACCCGAAGGGGGAAAAAACGGCUGUAAUUUCAAUAUUUUGGGGCAACGAAGUGCGAGUUAUGAAGGAGCCGUCCGUUAAGGAUGGACUCUAAAACUCCCCCUGACAUCAGAUAAACUUCACAGCACAGAAACAGCUAGUUAGGGCCAAUCUAAUAGGAUGAUGCCCUUGUCAAGAACAAAUAGAACAUUAAGUUGUAGUGGAAAGGUGGCAUUGGUGUUAUCAACAAUGCUAUAAAUCUAGAUAAAGUAGUUGUUUUAGCUGAUGAGGAAGUGUAACCUGAAUUGGCUCAUAUAAAAUCAGUUACCUUUGGUGUUGAGGUUGAGAAACCACUUCAGUAGUUUAUAGAGCAGGUAAAAAUAAUUGUCUGAUGGAGUACAGCGAGCGGGUGCUUUGUGGGACAGGGGAGGUGGAGCUGGACCCCAACAUUGUGAGUGAAGAGGCAGGGAAGCUGUAUUCAGAACUACAGACAGUUAUUGAGAACCAUGGUGAAGGUGUGGUGGAGUCCCUGGUCCCAAUAUUUGUGUGGGUCCUGGAGGGGCUGGCCAGUUGCAAAGCCCAGCUGAGAGACAAGGAAGAGGAGGCGGAGAGGGAGAAAGCUGACCGAGAAGAGCUGCUGGAGAGAUACCAAGCAGAGAGAGCACUCAGAAAGGAAAGUCAAGAGAGGUAUCUGGAGCUGGAUGACCAAAUUGAGCAAGAGAGGAGAGCCAUGAAGGGGAGGGAAAAGGAGAGGGAACGGCGAGAGAGGGAGCUAGAGAAGAAAGCGAGAGAGCAAGCUGAUCAGUUGGUGGCCUUGGAGGAGCAGAAGGCAAGCCUGAAUAGAGAAAUGAGCACACUGAGGAAUGCGCACAACAAGUUGGCUCAUACACAUCGGGAACUUUUGGAAAAGAGAAAGGACUCUGAAAGAGAUUCUCCUCUAAGGAGUCUUGGACGGCCCAAAAUUGCUGAAUUUCCAUCCAGUCAAGUCUUGUCGGAAUGCAGUGAUAAUGAAAAAGUGAUUCAAAGACCGCAUUCAAAUUCUGGUCCCCCCUGUUUUGUUGAUCUAAUUGCCAAGAAACAAAAUGCAGUCAAUAUUGCAAAACCCACCAUAGAUCCUUUUGUUAACGACAUCAUCAGCUCCACUCCUGAGCUCAAUCAAUUUCAUGACUGUAUGGGUGCCAGCACUCCAAUUACAAGACCAAACACCAAAGACCCACCGGGAGAUGAGUUGGAGACCAGCUUGGUGGAUGAGAUAGGGGAGAUGGAGGAGAAGAAUCGCAAAGUAGAGAAAGAGCAGGGAGGAGAGAAGCAGGAAAAAGAUGGAGAGGAGCUGGAGGAGGAGGAGGAGGAAGAUACUAGUGUGGAGUGGGAGCUGCGCAACACUGACUCUGUGUUCUCUGAGCUGUCAGAGCUGAGUCGGGAUUAUGUGGAGAGUGUAGACCGAGGGGCCAGUGUCAGAGGCAGCACAGACCAGUUUGAAGAGAUUCUUUCUCAGUAUGAGGAACUGAAAGUCACCCAUGAGUUAACAGAAGCUGCCCGAAAGGCUGUGAUAUCUCGCGUCGUAGAGCUGACUGAUGACCGUUCAGCUCUUCAGCUCGAAGUGUCCUCCCUUCAGGAGACAGUCUCACGACUGGAGGGGCGGCUGAAGGAGAAGGAGGAGGAAAUUAAGAGACUUCGGAAGGAACUGGAAACAUACCAGUCUGAGGAUCCUGAUGCCUCUCCCACAUCAAUGCGUAACUUCUCUCGUUCUGAAAUGGCUCGUGUGGUCAUGGAGAAGAACCAGUAUAAGCAGCGACUGUUUGAGCUGCAGGAGGCAGUCAGACAUAGUCAGGCACUCAGAGCAACAAUGCAGGAGAGGUUAACAGAGGAGAGAAGGUCAAGUGUUUGGUUAAAGUUCAACCGCUUCUUUGGCCGUUCCAAGGAGACCUUAAUCAGACCACCUGUUUUAGCAUUUGCCCAGUCAACUACUCCAUCACUCACUCGCUCUCCUCUGGGGUCUCCACAACUACCAGCUGUCAGUCAAACUCAUGCUGAAUCUGCUUCUCCUGCUGCUGUCCCGUCCCCUCGUGUCAUGAGACGAGAACUGUACAGAGAAAUUCGCUCACACAUUUGGGGGUCACUUGGAAAACGGCAGUUACACGGCUGGAGCACAACACUGGCAAACACACAGGACUCCCACGAUGCUGUCCCAGAGCCUAAAGAUGUACCUGUUCUAAUGCAGCUCAGACUGUUGGAUCAAAGAGACUCCACAGCCAAGCUGAACUGUGCAGUUGCAGUCACACCUGAGAUCUCAGGAGAAGCCACAUGUUCUGUGUGGGUAGUUUCUGGACCUGCCUUCAGCAGCGAUAUCACAGUGAUUGAUCCAGCACGGUCCAACACAGUACUGGAUCAGUUCAGCCUCCCUCCCACAGCUCCUGCUCUCUGCAUCUGUGCUGUGCCUCCCAUAGGGAACACUGCAGGAACUGUGUGGAUUGGAACUCAGGAAGGAAGUAUACUUGUACACUCAGCCUCUGCUGGUAGGAGGCGCUGUCUGCAGUCUGUCUCCCUCUCCGAGGGUGUUCAUUCACUCACGUAUUCCCAGGGUCAAGUCAUAGCUGGUUUAGCUGAUGGGACUUUAGCGUUUUUCUCACACAGUUCAGGUGGCUGGAAUCUACAAUCGCACCAUGUGCUGCCUCUUGGUUCACACCCUUUGCAGCCCAUUCGCUGCUUUCUUGCAAAAGGUAGCCAUCUGUGGGUGGGAUAUUGGAACAAAGUCCAUGUGGUUGACAUGGACAGCAAGAAGGUUGAGCGAACAUUCUCAGUGUCUGAGCGCAGCGAGCAGCAGGUUCGUUACCUGUGUGCUGGUGGAAGUGGCGUUUGGACAUCCUGCCGACUUGACCCAAUCCUCAGACUGUUUGACUGGUCCACAGGACGGCCGCUACAGGAAGUCGAUCUUACUGCUUUGGUCACCAAAACAUUAGGUAAAGCCUUCCUGUCACUCUCACCUCUCCAGAUCUCAUCUCUCGCUGUCAUCUCUGGUCGUCUGUGGGUGGGCACUGGAGGUGGUGCCCUUUUCUCCAUCCCAUUAUCCAUAACAUCUGAGGCUGUUUCCAUCCCAUAUUGCUCCCUUGCAUCAACCCAGCUGUGUUACCAUGGACACAGACAAGCUGUCAGGUUCAUCAUUUCUGCACCUGGUUGUUUGAUCACCUCUCCUGGCAGCAGCACCAUCGCUACCUCUCAGCUUGUUCUCAGUGGAGGAGAGGGCUACAUCAACUUCCGCAUUGGAGAUGAUGCAAAUGAUGGAUCAGCUGAGUUGUCCCAAGCUACACCUCAGCGGUCUGAACGCAGUCACAUGAUCAUCUGGCAGAUCCCCACCCCUUCUGUACCCAGCUCUGCCCUCUGACAUUGCUCAUAUCCUCCUUCUGCCUUUUUGGAAUGAGAUGGAGAUGGAGAUGGAGCAGGCAUGUACUAUACACCAGCAGAGCUUGAGACAUCAUUGCAAAUGGUGUUUCAAGGAACUAAAGGAUCCAGUUGCAACAAUGAAAGUAUCCUCUUAAAAAAUAUAUGAUACAUGCGGUUUCAUCCUUGUUUACCUCAUUCAUUUUGCACAUCUGUAUAUGGACUGUAUUAUCCUAAUGGAUGAUGGUGCCUUACUGUGUGACUUCAUCUGAUUUGAUAUAAUUUCUGUUGAACUAGUCAGAGCCAGUAAUUCAGCUGCCUGAUGGCUAAAAUCUAUUUUUUACCUUUGCACUAAUUAUGCAUUCAGUUUCACUGACAUACAGCUCUCUGAGUCAUUUUUCUACCAUAUCUUUUUGUAUAUGCAGAGUUGACAUAUUUUUCCCCCGAGGGGACACUCGUCUUUCUGUCAAACACUGUUCCAUCAUAAAGGUUAACUUCAUAUUGUGGCUGUUCUUUUUGUUAACUGUGAACUGGAAACAGGUAUUGUUAUUCUCUCAGUGUAUAGAUAAUCAGACACUAUCUCCUGAUGCUGCAUUGAGAUGGGGAUAACUUCUUUGUAAUGUAUUUUUUUUCUGUUCACAUGUGGUGUAGUUAAAAAUAACUACACAUUUUAAAUGUGUCUGUAAAACAAUAUGUGAUGUCCUGUCUUUAAAUUUAACAAUGUCAGUGCUUAUUCUUUGAAAUUAUUUAUUUUCUGAAUACCUUUUUUGCUUGAUGUCUUUUGAUGUCAUUUUGUUUUGUUUUAAUUUUAUUUCCCUAUCUUUUAUAAAAUAAGGGAGAGAAAUUGUCCUAUGCAGUAUUUGCAGGUUGCAUAAAGGUUGCUGUCAUAGCAUCUACUUAUCCUUCUUGGAAAAACAAUUAAAACUUGAGUAUUAGUUCUGACUCAA